AUGAAAGUUACAGAAAUGCGUAUGCUUAGUGGCCCUCCUGUCUAUAGGCCUUUCAACUGUCCUGCGUCUGUUUUUCGUGUCUCUUUAUCUUUCUCGAGUGGGGAACUCCUUUGGCCGUGCUCUCCUCUAUGGCAACUCCACAUACAGUGGAGCACACUUAGGCAAGGCAACAGACCUGUAGUAGAUUACAUACAAGAAUGGGAAAAACUUGCUGUUAUGUGUGAUAUUCCUGAACCAGAAGAGAUAAAAAUAGGGAGAUUCAUUGGAGGUUUGAGGGAAGAUCUAAGAGAAAAGCUGGAGGUCAUGCCAAAUUUAACCCUGGACCUAGCAUACAAUAGUGCCAUCACAUAUGAGAAGUAUGCAAGAAGGAGGAACACAUAUACACAACCUUCCAGACCUGCUCCUUACAAACCAAGCAGCAACAACAGUAUGGAUAAUAGCCUUGGAAAGGUAGGUACAAGCACUAACAUAAGCAAUAAAAGUGAUAACUCAACAACACCUAGCAGACCCAAGGACAGGUUAAAUGCACCUCUGAAAGAUAUUGGAGAGGAACCUAGAGCCAUGUUAGUAGCUAGGGAUGGAGAGGAGAAAGUCAUAUUGCCUACUACACCUGCUGAUGACCCAGAUGGAUCCUAUAUACUGACCAGCUUAGGCACAAUGAAGAGAACAGAACCAGGGACUGAAGAGAGUGAAGAGUCAGAAACUGAGGACAGGGAGCAAAUAUAUCCUGAAGAGGGGAGAUACCAAUUGCUAAUAAGAAGAAAUUUUCAUGUUACACCCAAAGGAAAAAAAUCAGACCAAAGAGAGAGCAUAUUUCAAACCAAAUGCAAGAUAAAGGAUAGGGUGUGUGAUCUAAUAAUUGAUGGGGGGAGUGAGACUAAUUGUGUAAGUGCACAGCUGAUUCAGGACUUAGGUUUAGACACACAAAACCACCCUAACCCAUAUAAACUAAGAUGGUUAGAUAGCAAAGCUGAAGGUUUUGUUAAGAAACAAUGCUUGAUUAACUUCUCCAUAGGUUCAUAUCGUGAUGAGAUUCUAUGUGAUGUUUUAGAUAUGAGUGCUUGCCACAUACUAUUGGGAAGGCCUUGGCAACAUGAUAGACACUCUAAACACGAUGGCUUCACCAAUAUCUAUACCAUUAAGCAUGAAGGAAAAUUAAAAGACCUUAUGCCCUUACCACCACAUAGGAUCAACCUCACACCAACUAAACAAAAGAAGGUGAGUUUCAUUAUGAGUAAAGGAGAGUGCCACAAAGAGAUUAAAGAAGGAGGGGAGCUGUUAUUCUUAUUUACCAAGGAAGUAAGUGAGAGCCAAGAGCCAUAUCACCCUAGAGUCCUAGAACUAUUAGAAGAGUUUAGUGAUGUCUUUCCACAAGAACUACCCGAGGGGCUGCCACCUUUAAGGGGGAUAGAGCAUCAGAUCGACUUAAUACCAGGAUCACAAAUUCCAAACAAGCCAAUAUAUAGGACAAAUCCCCAAGAAGCCUUAGAGUUACAAAAACAGGUGGAUGAAAUUUUGGCCAAAGGGUAUGUUAGAGAGAGUAUAAGUCCUUGUGUUGUACCCACAUUGUUAGUACCCAAGAAGGAUGGAACAUGGCGUAUGUGCAUUGACAGUAGAAGUGUGAAUAACAUAACAAUCAAAUAUAGGUUUCCUAUCCCUCGCAUAGAUGAUAUGUUAGAUGAGCUCACAGGAGCACAUUGGUUUAGUAAGAUUGACUUGCGAAGUGGGUAUCACCAAAUACGAAUGAAAGAGGGAGACGAAUGGAAGACAACAUUUAAAACGAAAUAUGGAUUGUAUGAAUGGCUUGUCAUGCCAUUUGGGCUUACUGGUGCCCCAAGUACGUUCAUGAGGUUAAUGAACGAGAUUCUUAGGCCAUUCUUAGGGAAAUUUGUAGUAGUAUACUUAGAUGAUAUUUUGAUAUAUAGCAAGGAAAUAGAAGAACACUUCAGGCAUUUGAGGUUAGUUUUCAAGGUCCUUAGGGAACAAAGAUUGUAUGAAAAACUAGAAAAAUGCCACUUUCUAAGUCAAGAAAUUAGUUUUUUAGGCUUCAUUAUCAAUAGAGAAGGGGUAAAGGCGGAUCCAAAAAAAAUAGAGGCCAUCAAAGGUUGGCCAACACCUAAUAGCAUCACUCAAGUAAGAUCUUUUCAUGGAUUGGCUUCUUUUUACAGAAGGUUUAUUCAUAAUUUUAGCUCCAUCAUGGCCCCAAUAACCGAAUGCACAAAAAAGGGAGAAUUUCAGUGGACACAAGGAGCACAGAGGGCAUUUGAACUAAUUAAGGAAGCUAUGUGUAGAGCACCCGUCCUUAAGUUACCUGACUUCACACAACCUUUUGAGGUUGAAUGUGAUGCUAGCGGUAAAGGUAUUGGAGCUGUCCUUACACAGGGAGGGAGACCUGUUGCUUUCUUUAGUGAGAAAUUGAAUCAAAGCAGACUAAAUUACUCCACGUACGAUAAAGAAUUCUAUGCCAUGGUUAGGGCACUUGAACAUUGGAUGCAGUACUUGAAAAUUCAACCUGUUACAUUCUGA